UCUAACGCAUGUAACACAGAAAGAGAUGGCCACCAACAAAUCUCAGGUUGAUGCUUUGAAGACACAAGGUAAUGCAGCUUUGCAAGCUGGUAAAUCACAAGAGGCUGUACAGUUUUACACAGAUGCUAUUGCUAUAGAUCCUACUAACCAUGUGUUGUACAGCAACCGAUCAGCUGCAUAUGCCAAAUGUGGCAAUUAUCAGAAAGCCUAUGAGGAUGGUUGUAAGACUGUGGAAAUCAAACCUGACUGGGCCAAAGUAAGUAGGCAUAUAAAAAUAAGGCCUUGUCAUUCCAUCUUGCGCAAUUAA